CAGAAAACUUGCGUUCGGCAGUUGAUUUUAUCAGUGUUUUAAAUGCAAAAUGCUUGUAAACGCACCAAAUCAUGUUUAUAAGCGUUUGAAAUUUUAUUUUAACUCUUCCAGUUCCCGAUGCUGUCCAGAGUCUUUUUUUCAUUAUGAAAAAUGCAUUCAAAGAGUUUUCAAGGUACUCAGAUGGACAAAACACUGAAAACAGGAUGUUCCUACCAAGCUGGUCACACAUUGAGGUGACUCACUCCACCAGACACCUUUCCCACCCUUGGAAACAAAAGAAAUGUUAAUGAGCAACUCACACCUAA